AUGACGCAAGAACUGAAGCGUUUUUCGCGCGAAGAAAUCGCCAAGCACAACAAGCCCGACGAUCUCUGGAUCAUUGUUGACUCAUACGUGUAUGAUUUGAGUGGAUUUAUUGAUGCGCACCCUGGUGGCCAGGCAGUGCUUUUGAUGGAUGACGUGGCUGGAAAGGAUGCCACAGAGACUUUCUUUGGUCUUCACUCAAUUGAAGUGCUGAUGCGUCGAGGUGUCAAGAACCUCAUUAUUGGCAAGGUGGAAGGUGAGGAGCCAAAAGUGCAUUAUCCACAGCCUGGUGACAUCUCCAAGGUACCAUAUGCGGAGCCUGCUUGGCUCGUAGAAAACUUCCACUCGCCUUAUUAUUCCGACUCGCACCGCCGCCUUCAGCGUGAGAUGCGUGUGUUCACAGAAAAAUACGUACUGCCUGUGGCCGAAAAGUGUGAGGUCAGCGGUGAACGCCCUGAUGUUGAGCUCGUUAAACUUAUGGGUGCUAACGGUCUGAAUGCUAUGCGCUUGGGUCCAGGAAAGCAUCUCGCUGGCCGCAAGCUGUUUGCUGACAUCAAGCCUGAGGAAUUUGACUACUUCCACGAACUGAUUAUCACGCAAGAACUUUCCCGCUGCGGUACGCGUGGCUUUAUGGAUGCUCUUCAGGGCGGCAUGGUCAUUGGUCUUCCUCCUGUGAUCAACUUUGGCUCUGAUGAAAUGAAGAGGGAGAUUGUCGAGCCCGUGUUUAGGGGUGAAAAAUUCAUCUCUCUAGCCAUUACCGAGGCGUUUGCCGGUAGUGACGUCAUGGGCCUGCGCACGUAUGCCAAGAAGACCGAGGAUGGUCAGCAUUACAUCGUGAAUGGCACGAAGAAGUGGAUUACCAAUGGUAACUUCGCCGACUAUUUCACGACUGCCUGUCGUACAGACGAGGGCUUUGCUGUCAUUCUGAUUCCCCGCGCUCUGGGCGUAGAAACUCGUAUCAUCCACACAUCGUACUCGCCUUCAGCAGGCACGGCCUUUGUCAUGUUCAAUAAUAUCAAGGUGCCAGCCAAGAACGUAAUUGGUCAGGAUGGCAUGGGUAUUCCGAUUGUUCUGUCCAACUUCAACCACGAGCGUUGGGUUAUGUGCUGUGGUACGAUCCGUGGUGCUCGUGGUAUUUGCGAGAUUCUUAUGAAAUGGAUCCAUCAGCGUAAAGUGUUUGGCCGCCCUCUCACAUCACAGGCCGUGGUGCGCCAGAAACUCGCAUUCCUCAUCACCCAAGUCGAGGCUGGCCAAGCCUUCCUGGAGCAUAUUACACUGCAGAUGAACAAGAUGUCGUACAAGCAGCAAUCCAAGUUCUUGGCUGGUCCUAUUGCUCUGCUCAAGGCUUGGUCGACGCGAAUCAGCCACGAGGUGGCUGAUAAUGCAGUCCAGAUUAUGGGUGGUCGCGGUCUUACGCGCUCGGGCAUGGGCCGCAAGAUUGAGAAUUAUAACCGCAAUUACAAGUACGAUGCCGUACUAGGUGGUACCGAGGAAGUCCUUGCUGAUCUUGGUAUUCGCCAGUCAUUCCGCUUCUUCCCUCAUGACCACAAACUAUGA